AAAAUACUAUUUUGUAGCCAUUAAAGAAAACUAAAAACAAAAGGUAAUUAAGCAAAAAGUGAUGAAUUAUAUAAAUUCUCUAUCUCAGCCAUUGAUAUCUAAAAUCUCUUCUUUUGUUCUCUCUCUCUCUCUCUCUGCGCUUCGGUUUCUCCUUUCAUCUCUACGAUAAAAACAAUGUUAUUCCAUCAUUGGUUUCUCCAAUUUACACUCAUAGUAACACUAUUCCUAAACUUGGAAGCCAUUCAAAUAAACCACCAAACCCUAAAGACACAAUCUUUUCUCUCCCCAUUAUUCACUUUAACUCCUGGCUCAGUAAUUGAAAAAUUCUACUACAAUCUCAACUUUCCCAAAGGCCAUAUUGCAAUAAAGAGCUUCGAUGCUGAAGUUGUCGACGAACAAGGUAACCCCGUCUCGCUUUUCGACACAUAUCUCCAUCAUUGGACAAUCGUAAGAUAUUACCAACGACACCAUAAAACCAAAACAACGAAUCACACGAUGAAUGCCGAUUAUGCAAACUCUAUUAUUAUCGCGGGUAAUAACGGAGUUUGCCAACGACAUACAUUAUCGUAUUUUUAUGGUAUGGGAACCGAAGCGAGGAAAACAUCAAAUUUUCUUCCAGACCCAUAUGGAAUUGAAGUUGGGAAUGAAAAGGAAGUUCCUUUAGGGUAUGAAGAGAAAUGGGUUCUUAAUGUUCAUGCCAUUGAUACUAGAGGUGUGGAGGAUAGAAUUGGAUGUCUUGAGUGUAAAUGUAGUUUGUAUGAUGUUAGCAAAGAUGAAUUGGAUGAUGAUUAUAAAGGAGGAUUUAAAUGUUGUUAUGAUAAAGCUCAAUGUAAAGUGAGGGAAGGGUACAAUGGAGAGGAAAGGAACUUGUACAUGAAAUAUACAGUGCAAUGGGUUGAUUGGGAUGAUAAUUUUGUGAUUCCAGUUAAAGUUUAUGUAUUUGAUGUGACUGAUACUUGGAAGCCGUCGACUGACUCAUCGGGAUUAAUAUCUCAAGAACACGAUUGUCAGGUUGAGUAUGAUGUAGAAUCUUGCUCCCUCGAAAACAAGUUGCAUGGUAAAUGUAAUGCUAACAAAAGGUCAAAAGUGAUGUUUCAAGAUAAUGGAUUCAUUGUGUACGGAGUGGCUCAUCAACACAUAGGUGCAAUUGGUGCAACCCUUUAUGGAGAGGAUGGGAGAGUUUUAUGUUCUUCGAAACCAAUUUAUGGAGAAGGAGAUGAAAUAGGAAAUGAAGAUGGGUAUGUUGUUGGAAUGUCAACUUGUUAUCCAAGGUUAGGGCAUGUGAAGAUUAGUAAAGGAGAAAUAGGGAGUCUUGUAUCCAAAUAUGAUCAUACACAAAACCACACUGGUGUUAUGGGUAUAUUUAGUAUUGUGGUUGCUACCAAAUUACCUAACUCAUUGUCUCACAUGGAAGUACGAACAAAUCUUUAGUUUUAGUCACACCCUAAGAAAUAAAAUAAAUCCUUAGUCAUGUG